CACGCUUUAACAACAAGGAAGUGACCGAGCAGCAAGCUACCUACUGUCAAGAUGGCACCGAGUGGGCUGAAAGCCGUAGUUGGAGAAAAAAUCCUCAAUGGAGUCAUCAAGAGUGUGAAGAAGGAUGGAGAAUGGAAGGUUCUUAUCGUGGAUCACAUGAGCAUGCGAAUUCUGUCCUCUUGUUGCAAGAUGUCUGACAUUUUGGCAGAGGGGGUAACCAUUGUGGAGGACAUCAACAAACGCAGAGAGCCCAUCUCUAGUUUGGAGGCCAUUUAUUUGAUUUCACCUGUGGAGAAGUCUGUCCGUGCUCUCAUCAGCGACUUCAAAGACUCUGCCUUCACUUACAAAGCAGCACACAUCUUCUUCACUGAUACUUGUCCUGAUGGUCUCUUUGCUGAGAUUGGGAAAUCCAGAACCGCCAAAGUCGUCAAGACCUUAAAAGAGAUCAACGUUGCUUUUCUGCCGUAUGAGUCUCAGGUAUUCUCCCUGGAUGAUCCGACCUCUAUGUACUCCUUCUAUAGCACCAAGCCAAAUGAAGACAAAGACAAAAUGAUGGAAAAUCUGGCAGAGCAGAUCGCGACCCUGUGUGAUACACUCAAGGAGUACCCUGCAAUCCGAUACCGCAAGGGACCAGAGGAGAAUGCUAGACUGGCUGAAGAAGUCUACCAACGCCUUACUGCUCACAAAGCUGACAACCCGAGCAUGGGAGAGGGUGCAGAUAAGGCGCGGUCCCAGCUACUGAUUGUUGAUCGUGGGUUUGAUCCCAUCUCUCCUAUUCUGCAUGAGUUGACCUUCCAGGCAAUGGCCUACGACUUGCUUGAUAUCAAACAGGACAUCUAUACUUAUCAGACAACCGGCAUCGGGGAUUCAAAUAACAGAGAAGUGUUACUGGACGAAGAUGACGAGCUCUGGGUUCAGCUCAGACACAUGCACAUUGCUGAUGUCACUAAGAAAGUGACAGAGCUUCUUCGUACCUUUUGCGAGAGCAAGAGAAUGUGCACUGACAAUGCCAACAUAAAAGAUCUCUCUCAGAUGUUAAAGAAGAUGCCACAGUACCAGAAGGAGCUGAGCAUGUACUCUACUCACUUGCACCUAGCUGAAGCCUGUAUGAAGAAAUUCAAGGCCUCUCUUGAUAAGCUUUGUGAAGUGGAACAGGACCUGGCAAUGGAAACAAAUGCAGAAGGGGAGCCACUAAAGGAUGUCAUGAAGAGCAUUGUUCCGGUGCUCCUCAACACUGAAAUUGAGGCCUACGAGAAAAUCCGCAUCAUACUGCUGUACAUAUUCCACAAGAAAAAAGGCAUUGCGGAGGAGAACCUCGCCAAGCUCAUCCAGCAUGCGAACAUACAGGCCGACAGCAACAUCAUCACCAACCUGCAGAACCUGGGCUGUAACAUUAUAGCUGGGGGCCGCAAUGCUGGGAAAACACUGCCAGACCGGAAGGAGCGCACAGAAAGCACGUACCAGCUGUCUCGAUGGACACCCAUUCUCAAAGACGUCAUGGAGAAUGCCAUAGAGGAUAAACUGGACAGAAAGCAGUGGCCAUUCAUCUCUGAUCCCGCUCCGAUCAACACAACUUCGACUUCAGUCAGCAGUGCACGUUUUGGACACUGGCACAAAAAUAAAUCUCCAACAGAAUAUCGCUCCGGCCCUCGGCUCAUUAUAUUUGUGAUUGGUGGGGUGUCACAUUCAGAGAUGCGCUCGGCCUACGAAGUUACCCGAGCCACUGAUGGGAAAUGGGAAGUGCUGAUUGGGUCUUCUCACAUCCUGACUCCAACCAGCUUCCUUAAUGACCUGAAAAGUCUGGACCAAGUUCCUAAUCCUGAUUGUUAGACACUUGACGGGGAAGAGAACGUUUGGAUAAGGAUUUAGUCUUUCAUUUGAGACGAUAGGUUUCUGGUCUUCUGUCACAACAUCUGAAAUGACACAUGAAGAGUAAUCUUAGAUGUAGACAUGGAAGGAAACAUUUGUGAUUCUUUAUUUUGUUUUAGAACGGCCAUUUUUAGUGUUUGUUGUGAAUUGGGUUCUGUAUACUGCUGUGAUUGAAACUGUAUUAAAAUAUUUAAUUAGACUUUAAUAUAAUAGAUUAUUUUACUAUUCUCAUUCAAAUUCUUAUUUUUGUUACUAUAUGUGAUUUCCCUGAUUUUGUACUCAAAAAAAUUGUCAUUCCGAAAGAAGUGGAUCAUCUCGCACCAAAAAUAUUAUUAAGUCUAAUGAAGAUGUAUAUCAGUAAGUAGAAGUUUGUAUCAUAUAUAAGUGUGUAAAACUUUUUUCCCCCUCCAGGUACCUUUUUCUUUAUUGUCUUGGAAAAUCCAUCUCAAAAUGUCUCAACUGCUGUCUUAUGAACUCUUGCACAUUUACCAAAUACUUUAAUAUAUUUCUGG